CCCUUUCCUUCUUUCCUCUUGUGGUAGGGCAUCUACCCUUUCAUUUUGUCUCCCAACAUCAAGCUUCCCGUCGCUCUCUCUAUCCUUUCCUCCCUUUAUCCCUCUCCUCUCCGAGCCGAUCCAGUUCAUCCCUAUGACGGAUCUCCGCCGGCGAUCCUAAUAUGGCUUCUUCCGCCGAGGCCUUCACGAAGGCCGGCUACGGAAAUGAACCGGGGCAAGCAUUCCCCUCCGACUCCGCCGCUGGAACAGGAUCUGAGGACGCGCUGUAUUCUGAGCUAUGGCACGCCUGCGCCGGCCCUCUGGUGACCCUUCCUCGGCAAGGGGAGAAGGUUUUCUACUUCCCCCAAGGGCAUAUUGAGCAGGUGGAGGCUUCCACUAAUCAGGUGGCCGACAAGCAGAUGCGAGUUUAUGAGCUGUCGUCUAAGAUCCUUUGCCGCGUGAUUAAUGUCCAGUUGAAGGCCGAACCAGAGACAGAUGAGGUGUUUGCUCAGGUGAUGUUGUUUCCCGAGCCAAGUCAAGAUGAGAAUGCAGUGGAGAAGGAGACUUUGUCGCCUCCACCUCCAAAACCUCAUGUUUACUCCUUCUGCAAAACGUUGACUGCAUCUGACACUAGUACCCAUGGAGGCUUCUCUGUGUUGAGGAGGCAUGCAGAUGAAUGCCUACCUCCCCUGGACAUGCGUCAACAACCUCCUACGCAAGAACUAGUGGCAAAAGACUUGCAUGGGGCGGAGUGGCGCUUCCGCCACAUCUUCCGUGGUCAACCAAGGAGACAUUUGCUUCAAAGUGGAUGGAGUGUCUUUGUUAGUUCAAAAAGGCUUGUUGCUGGGGAUGCUUUUAUUUUCCUGAGAGGGGAAAAUGGCGAAUUACGUGUGGGUGUGAGACGUGCAAUGAGACAACAGGCAAAUGUUCCAUCGUCAGUCAUAUCAAGCCAUAACAUGCACCUUGGUGUCCUUGCAACCGCAUGGCAUGCUCUUACCACUGGAACAAUGUUUACUGUUUACUAUAAACCAAGGACAAGCCCAUCUGAGUUCAUUAUCCCCUACAGUCAAUAUAUGGAAUCUAUUAAAAACAAUUAUUCUAUUGGAAUGAGGUUCAAGAUGAGGUUUGAAGGGGAUGAGGCCCCUGAGCAGAGGUUUACGGGUACUAUAGUCGAAAUAGGAGAUGCUGAUUCCAACCUUUGGCCUGAAUCAAAAUGGAGAUGUCUCAAGGUUCGCUGGGAUGAGAGCACAUCCAUUCCUCGCCCAGAGAGAGUUUCUCCAUGGAAAGUAGAGCCUGCUGUGUCCCCUCCAGUGACCCCUCCAACCAUGUCGAGGGCCAAAAAGUGUAGAUCAAAUGCUUUAGGACCUUCUCCUGAUUCUUUUGUUCAGGCAAAAGAAGCAACCACAGAACUUUCCCAAGGUCAUGGAGCUUCCAGAGUUUUUCAGGAUCAAGACAUCAUGCUGUUUAGAGGCAAUUUGAUUGAUGGUAAUGUGUUGAACUUUGCAGAGAAGUCCAUGAUACAACCUCCACCUGAUGAGGGACUAAAAAAAAAUGCUUCCUGCCAGAGACGGAUUGAUUCAGAUAACCUCACUGAAUUAACUAGGCCAACGCAUAAUUAUGUAAACAUAGGAUUUCAGAAUUUUGAUGAUUCACAUAGGCCCUUUUCUGCCCAAGUUGCUCCAAGUCCAAGUGCCAGAAGUUCACUGAUAAAUUUUUUUCAUCACCAAAAUGAAGAACCAGCCUUGCAUCCAGAUCAAUCUCCUUUGAUGGCCUGCAAUCAUUCCUUUGAAACAGUGUCAAACUUGAAGAUGCAUGAUAACGAGAUGCCUUAUUUUGAUACUCAGAAUGUCAAAUAUGGCAGAUUGAUGGACUAUUAUCAAACACAAGGCAUUAGGGCUCAGAAAAAUCUACCUAAUAGGUCAAUGCAUUUACAAUUGGCUUCUCAAUGUGAAAUCAUAUCCUCGCCAAGGUUGAUAAAACCUCAUCCAUUGACUGUACUGUCUGAUGAGAUCACACAACCCAAAGAAAGGGAGAGCUGCAAAUUAUUUGGUUUUGAUCUCAACAAUACCACUACAAUAUCUUACCAAGGAAUUCCAGGAACAAAUGCUUCAUAUGGGCCAUUAUUAUAUAGCCAAACAACUGCACCAAUAAUCGAGAAAGAUGCCCGAGGAACUUAUUACCUUCCUGAGUUUUCCAAAGAAACAAAGGCUAUUGAUUCCUCUACGGUUGAAAGUGAGAAUGUGGAGUGUGUUCAUCCUUGUCCACCAUCGGAUUUACAGAAGAAGCUUCAAGUUGUGUCAAACAGGAGCUGCACCAAGGUUCAUAAGCAGGGUGUUGCACUUGGAAGAUCUGUUGACUUGACGAAGUUUGAUGGUUAUGACCAAUUGAUCGAGGAGUUAGAUCAGCUAUUUGAAUUCAAAGGAGAAUUGAUGGCCCCAAAUAAAAAUUGGAUGAUUGUAUUUACUGAUAAUGAGGAUGAUAUGAUGCUUGUUGGAGAUGACCCUUGGCAGGAAUUUUGUGCUAUGGUCCGUAAGAUUUUUAUAUACACAAAAGAGGAGGUCCAGAAGAUGGAUUCAAGUACCUUGAACCCAAAAAAUGAAGAUUGUCCUGAUAUGAAAGAGAAUGUCAAGGAAACAAAAGGCAGUCAAUCUGCAUCAUCAUCUAAUUCAAAAAACUCAUAGGCUUAUCCUGCAAUGCUGACGACAUCUUUGCCAUGUGCAAUUCAAUCUUUGUAGGAUCUUGAAGCACAAACAAAGUCAGUCUCAACAAGUAGUUCCAUUAUCUACUUACUGCCGUUGGAUUUAUUAUUAAUUUCACUCGUCAAGGUUUGUUAUGUUUUCAUUUACCAGAGCUAGAAGUGUAAGUACUGCUUCUCUAAUCAUGUAAAUAUAGCUCCUUCGCACUAAAACAAUUAACCCUAUGUGAAAUCGCAUCCUCAUCCCCCUCCACGUGGGAGAUGCUUGUCUAUCUUUAUAAGUGUUUGCUCUAGUGAGUGAUCAUGAAUGAAGUUCUCAUUUACUUUGCGAAGC